AUGGGCCAUGCGCUGGAUUAUGAUGACUUUGGUGGCUUCGGACACCCCACGGUGGCCAUAUUCCCGGCGUUGCUGGCGCUGGGCGAAAGUAUCGGAGCCACUGGGCGCGACUUAAUGGAAGCCUAUAUUGUGGGCUGCGAGGUGGGUUUGGCAGUGGAUUACGCCACUCACUACCACAGCCAGCAGAUGCACCGGGGUUUCCACAGCACGGCGAUUCUGGGUCGGCUGGCGGCAGCGGCGGCCUGCGCCAAGCUGCUGAAGCUGGAUCAGCAACAAACCUCCAUGGCGUUGGGAAUGGCCGGAUCGAUGGCUUCGGGCGUCAUUCACAACUUCGGCACCAUGACCAAGCCGCUGCACGCCGGCAUGACCUGCCGCGACGGUGUCAUGGCCGCUCAGUUGGCGCAACGGGGGUUCACGGCUGGAGAACAGAUUCUUGAGCAUCCGGUGGGGUUCACGGCGACGGUCAUUGGGGAUGAACACACCGACCUGGAGGAAGCGGCCGGCAACCUCGGCAAGCCCUUCCGGGUUCAGGACGCCCUGGUCAUCAAAAAGUACCCGUCCUGCGGGGGCAACCAUGCCAUGCUGGACAGCAUCUUCGGCUUGAUGCGGGAGCACGAAUUUACUCACCGGGACGUUGCCAACGCUGAGGUUGUGCAGUCGUUCGCAUCGACCGUCAUGCUCUAUGAGGAGCCCGAAUCGGACCUGAAAGGUAAGUUCAGCGCGAAGUACAACAUGGCCGCGGCGCUGGUGGAUGGUGUGGUCGAUAUCGACACCUUCACCGACGAGAAAAUUGCCGAGCAGGACAUGCAGGACAUGAUGGAACGCGUGGGGAUGCGCGUGCAGUCCAAGUGGGAAAUCGGCGGCGGUACGGUGUCCAAGGGUGUGCCGAUCCGGAUUACGCUGAACGACGGCCGCGUGUUUGAACACGAGACACCGCGCGGUGAGAUUCUGGGUAGUCAGGUCAACCCGUGGGGGAUGGAUAAUAUCACCGGUAAAUUCCGCGAAAACGCGGGUCGGGUGCUUGCCGGAGAACGCAUCGAAGACGCCGUUCGUCAGUGGCAGGACGUUACGGGCGUUGACGACGUGAGUGCGGCGAUACGCAGUACACUGGUGAAGUAA